AUGAGGUGUUCUCUUCUUUUCACUCUUUUCUAUCUCUUCGUGGCCGCAUGGGCUGGCGGAUAUCAAGGCUGCCUCGAACGCGUGUGGUUAUACCAAGCCUACUUGAUCGACAGUCUCAACGACUACAAUGAUCAAACAAUCGGUUGGCAGUGCAAAGACAAAGGGAUCACUAAGAGAACAACGACAUGUAGCAGUUGGGUUAGAAUGCCAGGAAGCAGUAGUGGUUCGACGCUGUCAUACGACCAGUUCAUAUUCAAUCUAGGUAGGGUGGGAGACCGUACUGGAUGGUCCGUAAUGUCAGGGGGCAAGCUUGAUCUGGAAGCGACAGCUUUGAACACAUACAACAAAUACCUCACGCCACGGCCUGGUCAGGCCCCGGGUACCGCCAAGGUCAAAAACUUUGGUGCGCAUUUAGCCGUGAAGGGCACUUUCGAAUGGAACGCGUGCAUCAUGAAAGUUGGUGAAGUCGUAGACAGGACGUACAGGGAUAAAUCUGCUGGUAUGGAUGAUGCUACGAAGAAGUUAUUCAAGGAUUUUGAUAUGAUGAGAGAACUCGUCAUCAAGGCGCGUGCAGCUGACCAUGCUCCUUUCCUCAUCAACGAGGCACGCCAGAAACUGUGCGUUGAUCCUAACAAGAAAUGGGAAACAGUCGAUUGGACGGCGACCGAAAAAGCAGCUCUCGAGGCAGGUGAUAAGGAUGCAGGAAAGAAGAUCAGAAAAUUCUUGGGUGAUUGGUACAGCGGUAAUAAGGACGCUAGAGACCACGACCAGGUGAUCAAUUCUUUCAAACAUCAGCGGGAUCAACAGCUUGCCUGCGGUCGAUAG